AUGCUGAUCAGUGGCAAUCCUCAAAGUGAAUGCUACUUGACUGCCAAGAAGUUGCUGCGCGAAAAGUUCAACUUCAAGCACUGGACUCACACCAACGAGCGUGAGAAGUUAGACUUCUGCGGAUGCUCACUGGUGAAAACACCCUACGGUUACCAACUUGGACAGCCUGAAUACUUCAGCAAGAUCAAGCCCAUCACCAUUGACCCCAAGCGUCGUGACACUGCAAUGGCCUCCCAGAACGAGAUCAGCGCCUUGCGUGCAGUGCUAGGAGCUCUCCAACGGCCAAGUACACAGACGUCACCGCAACUUGGUGCUACAGUGUCUCUCCUUAGUGGUCAAAUCACAGCUGCAACAACUGAAGACUUGCGUGAUGCAAACAAAGCUCUGAAGUUUGCCAAGAUGAACAAUGAUAAGCUCAUUGAAUGCAGAGUCGCAUGUGCUGCUGCGAUGGAUAGUUUGGAAUACACCCGCGCUUUGAUUCAAAGCUGCCUGAAUGCUGACUAUACCUUGCAAUUUCCAGGUGAUUGGGUGAUGAACAAACCUGCCCUGGUUGUGGAUGCCAAAGCCUUGUACAAUUCAAUUCGUGCUAAAGUAGGUGGUUUAGCCGACGUGGUCAUUUCGCAGAUCAUGCCUGUCACAGCGACCUCCAUGAAUGAUGUUUCAGAAGUUUUCGAGCUGCUGCAAUUUUUGAUGACGAUGCUGAUUUCCUUUUUCAGUGGAUGUUUUUGCAUGUGGAUGUUCAUGGACUACCCCAACGUCCUCAACCGUGCUGAGCUGGUGCGUCGAAUGCCAAAACGACACGACCAAGAUUCUCUGGAUCAGGCCCAGGCGGGCAACAACAACAUAAAUGAGUGGUACCACCACGAGCUGGAGUUCCACUCCGAGGUCUACACUAUUCGACAAGCCACCAGGUGCUCAUCUUGCGUGGAUCGCAGAAUCGGUGAAAACUUUGAGCUGGAUCAAUACCAACAAG